AUGGAAGAUUUAGAUGAGGAAGUAUUCUACGAAUGUCUCGCUACCCCUCAAACACCGACACCAACAAGAACUUUCCAUCUCCCCCUUUCCACGCUUUCGAUCUACUGUCGCCAACACGAUUCGUCGACAACUUCGAACAAAACCUCCGAACUUGCUCAAAAUGGAGCUAAAGAUAUUUUCAGUGACUCUACAACCAACAAAAACUUCCAAGCAGAAAAGAUCGCUCCGAUCCUAUCAAGUGUUGUAAUAGAGUACUCGCCGCCAAGUCACAUGACCUCGAUCAAGGAAGCUGCGACCCCACAUAUUCCUCCUUCGACCCCUCCCUCUUCCUACGCGCAGCUGUCGAAUCCGUAUGAAGGUCAUGGCUUCAGCGGAUAUGUCGACUCCAACACUACCUCUGAAGCUCCUCCUCUAUCACCUUCUUCGUCGGUGUCAACAACAGAGUCGAUAAGCGAGCCACCAACCCCUGGCAAAGAUGGCAGCAUCCGUCCGAGACGAUUCUGGAGCUCUCCUACCCCGAUCCCAUCGCCACAAACAUUCUCAUCGAACAAGCUUGAUAUUUUGACAUCUUCUGAAUCCAACUUGCAGCACAGAGGUGUCACAGGUCAGCAAAUUCCCGCAAGUCCAACCUCGGUACCAGAAUCAAUACGCGUGAACCAGAGACUUGUUUCCAAAUCAACAGUCAGCGCUCUCGUCGGAAGACGCAAAGCUUCGAGAAUUGUCCUUGCGACUGGUCCUUACAUUCGUGAAGGCUUCAAGCUCGUCAACUGGCCUGAAGCACAUCCCGUUCUCGAAACCGAUGCCCUCGAAUCUGGCCAUGUAAUCGGAUACGGCACAUACCCAGUCCAGCUCACGUUUCAGCAGCUCGCCCGCCAGAAGCGCAAUAUCAUGCGUCGGAAAGUGCAGCACUACCGACUGGAUGAGGAGAUCAAGAUUGUCAAGAGCUAUGGAUCUGUCAGCGGCGAGAGUGAGACAUCGAGUGAGGGAGACAAGGAUUCGGAGAAAGGAACACACAUUGAGGUGGCAGUCUUGUAGGAAGAAGAUACCGAUGCAGAUACUGAGGCUGAAGUGAAGUCUAUGGGAGCGGAAAUUUUGGCUGUUUAAGGAAAAGUGUGAUUGAGCGCGGUCGGGUUGAGCUGACCCAUAUUCGGGAAGGAGAGAAGUGAAGUUCCAAGGUUGAAAAGUGUGCGUUUGAAAUUUGGUAUGGGCGGCGUUAUGGAGGGUCUGGGCGUUAAGUGGCAAUAUGAAGUGGAAAUCUUUCGAGCCCGUAUGAGCAAGUCAUAUUCAGCCUUGAGGGCUAUCUGACUAUUUCGAGCGUGGGGGUGACCAUUUGAAGGGGUGGAGCCAUUUGAGGUGAAGGACAGAUCUUUAGAGGCACCUAUAUGCUGCGUGUCUUUUUGCAAGCUCAGCAUUAGGAAGAGAUCAGAGACAAAUAAACACCUGGUAUGACG